AUGCGGACCUCGAGAAUCUCCAAAGAUACCGCGAAGAUAAUCAAUGCGACAUCACUUUCACCGCGACGUUCCACUCGUUCCCUAUCACGGUUUUCCCUGAACGCCUCGAUCAAGGACGAAGAUCAAUCGCCAACUCCAGAUAUUGAAGAUGCUAUUCCUUCGACUUCUACACUUAAAAGAAAGAGAAUCCCGGCUGCGAAAACUCCAAUAAAGAAACAAUCUCUUGACGAAACAACCAUUAAGACUGAAAUCGAAGACAGUGUUGCGUUUUCCCCUCCAUCGAAAACAAGCCGUGUGCGCAAGCCCGCGCGCAAAGUCAAAAACGAAGAUACAGGAGAGCUAGAGAUCAAACCUCCUAACGAUUGGAAAGAUGUCUACGAUGUAGUAAUGGAGAUGCGGAAAUUGGGCGUGGCUCAAAAUGCAGCCGUGGACACAAUGGGUUGUGAUAAGUUGGGACAAGAGACUGUUGAUCCGAAAACGAAGAGAUAUCACACCUUGACUGCUUUGAUGCUGUCUUCGCAGACCAAGGAUACUACGAAUGCUGUUGCUAUGAAUCGGCUUUACACGGAAUUACCUGCUUAUAAAGAGGGUGCAUCAAUUGGAUUAAAUUUGGAUAACAUAUUGGCCGUGGAUCCAAAGCUCUUGAAUGAGCUGAUUUGGGUGGUGGGAUUUCAUAAUAAUAAGACCAAGUAUAUCAAAGCUACGGCGGAAAUUCUUGAGGAUCAGUGGAAUGGCGAUAUACCGGAUACGAUAGAGGGUUUGAUGUCAUUGCCGGGAGUUGGUCCGAAGAUGGCUUAUUUGUGUAUGAGUAGUGCUUGGGGUAGAACGGAGGGGAUUGGUGUUGAUGUACAUGUUCAUCGUCUCACAAAUAUGUGGGGCUGGCACAAGACUAAGGGACCAGAGGAAACAAGACUUGCGUUACAGGCUUGGUUGCCAAAGGAAUUAUGGCACGAGAUCAAUUGGCUACUGGUUGGAUUUGGACAAACAGUCUGUCUACCAGUCGGAAAAAAGUGUGGCAGUUGUGAGUUGGGAAUAAAUGGAUUGUGCAAGGCUGCCGAUAGAAGUAAAGUCACAAUUGGAAGAAAAAUCAAAGAGGAAAAGAUGAAGACAGAUCCGGACGGUAAUGUGGACGAGCACACGAAGACUGUCAAGGCCGAGGAAGAUAGUAAAUACAUACCACUGAACCCUAAAGAGAAAGCCCAAAUCAAGUCCGAGACUGGUGUCAUCAAGCGGGAGGAGGAGAACACCGGAGAAUUAGAGAAGACGCCAAAGAGGAAGAGGAGAUGA